AUGAUCCUCUCCGGCCAUGAAAUCGUUGCUCGCGAACUAGUUCGCAACCUCGAGGACGCCACAACCCAACAACAACCCUGCGGCAUCGAUCUCACAUUACGCCAGAUCUCCUCUUGGACUUCAGCAGCAGAACUAGACCUCGAUAAUACGCACCGUCGUGCAGCCGCUUGCGAGCCCAUCCCCUACGCUGCAGACAACACCAUCAAGCUACGGCCAGGUUCAUACCUAGUAGAUUUUAACGAAGCCAUAUCUGUUCCACUGGACUGCAUGGCUUCCAUUUACCCCAGAUCCUCGCUCUGGAGAUCGGGAGUCAGUGUUUCGGCUGGAGUGGUGGAUGCUGGGUAUAGCGGUGCUUUGGGAGCUUUGCUCGAAGUCAAGAACCCGCAUGGUGUUGUGCUGCACAAGCGUGCAAGAUUGGCACAGGUGAUUUUUGAGGAACUGGGGAAGGCGGUGAGGGGAUAUGAUGGAGUGUAUCAGGGUUCUCGAAGCAGUGCUGGACGUGACGGUGUAGGGUAUGAGCGCCCAAGUGUGAAUUCGGCAUCGGCUGUGGAAUGA